AUGGCUAGAAAUGUAGAAAAAGCUAAGGCAAUUCUCUCAAGAUGGUGCAGAUUGAAAAAAGAUAUCAGUAACACUACAAAUGGAAAGUAUAAGUCUUUUCCGAAAGUAUAAGAAUGUGUCAAUCUCUAAGAAUGUGAAUCGGAAAGAUAGGAAGUAUUGAAGGUAGUUUCGAAAUUGGUCAUGAUAUCUAAAAUGCCUGUUUUGGUGUGCAUAGAUUAGGGAAUUGAAUGAUGAAUUGAAUAAAGUUAUUCAAGAAUUGCGAUUAUGGGAAGAUAGAAUUAAAGAAUUAGGAGGACCUGAUUAUAGAAGAUUGGGUCCUAAGAUUUAAGAUAUUCAAGGCAUUGAAUUAACAGGAAAAAGAAGGAUAUAGAUAUUUUGGAGCUGCAAAAGAUUUGCCAUGAGUUCUUGAUUUGUUUUUCUCUGAGCCACUUUCUGAACCUAAAAAGUCAAGAACUAAUUGUAUAAGAUACUUCCUUUUUGAUAAAGUAGAAUACCUCUUAUAAUAAAUAUGGAAGUAAGAAAUAAGAAUUGUAAGAGAUUUUGGAAAAAGAAAGGAAAUUGAAAGGCCUAAGAAAAGGAAUUGUAAAGAUUAUAUAAGGCAAUUAAGAGUUAGUUAAAGAUUUCAAUACAAGGGAAGAAAUUUUAUAUUUUAUUAAAUACGAAGUUGAUAAAAGAGAUGAGAAUGAAGGAAGAGAAAUGUAAAUUAUAUAUUAAAUUUAGAAUAACAUUCCGAUUCUGAAGAAUAUGAAUGGGAUUAAUUGGAAUAAG